AUGGCGACGGAUGCAUCCGAAAAUCUCACGCAAUUCGAAGACGACUACUCACCUUCAUCGACGGUUUUCAAAUUCGACCGCCCAAUCCCCUUACUUCGAGGACCGUUACCGGCAAGUCCUUCCGACGAUCCAUCGGCGGGUCCUUACGUUCUGGCCUUCAGAGACUCACAAGCUUGGGCCUCUGCGUUCAUAGCCUGCGAGCGCAAAAUCCUUCAGCAAUGCGAGGAAGGGGCAAGGAUUGGUUGUGCCAUCAAUGCUUCCAGCAAGUGCAAGCCUCCUUGGUGGAAGGCUCUGUCUGGUCCCAAACUAUCUGAUUUGAAGGAACGAGAGAUUUGUGAAGUGCGCGAGAUGGAGGAGUGUUUUGCAGUGGCGAAAGAGAAGUGUGUUGGCUUAGCUUGGGAGAAAUGUUUGGCUCCUUUUAGGGAUGCGAGGAUUAAGGUUGGUAAAGGGGCUUUGAGUUCAAAGGAAGCUGUGAAGUUGAUUGGAUGGGCUUCAAUGCCAAUGAAUAAAACCAGUUCUAAGUGUUUGAUUGGUGGUCAAUUUGGCGUGACUAGUCAAAGGGCUAGUGAAUUGUUGGAUUAUGAUGAUUUUGUGAAACGAAUUUUGGAUGAGAGACAACCAGGGACCAAAAAUUAA